AUGGGUCCACUCCAGUCUUAUGCAUAUUCAUCGGGGCAUUGGGAUAGGGUGAAACCCGUUGUUCUGAUAGCCGAUGGUUGCGCUCCACAUGCUGGCGGUGUCAUCGGGGGAAAGCGUUCAAUAACAGACCAACUGGAGGAAGCCGCUAAUUACACUCGUAAUCUAGAGCAGCAGAUCAAAGAUUUAAGAAAGGAAAGAGAGAAGAAGAACACUCGUGAAGCAUGCUUUAAGGGUGUUGAAAUAUCCAGGCCUGUUGAAUUCCAUGAAUCAGAUGAGGGCUUCCCAUCAGUUAAGAUAAUCUCACUCGGUUCAACUGCAUUUCAGGUACAUAUAAACUUGACCCAGAAUCAGAUUGCCUUGUCCGAUAUUCUUCUGGUGUUGGAAGAAUAUGGAGUUGAAGUUGUGAAUGCUGCUUCGUCUGUAACCAAUGAAAAAGUCUUCCAUACCCUAUACGCCAAGGUACCAGACAAUAGCAUUACUAAUAUAGAGCCACUAUAUGUUAAACUUCAGCAUUUGAUCAGGAAAGCUUAA